AUGAUAAUCGGUUCUUUGAAUAUUAGAGGGGGAGGCAAUGUCCUUAAAAGAAGAAGGAUUAAAUCUUUGAUUUUAAAGGGCAAUGUGGACGUGUUCAUGAUUCAAGAAACUAAAAUUACAAACUUUCAAGAUUUUGUUGCUAAAAGAUUUUGGAAAAAUGUUGGAAUUGGUUAUUCUUUUACCAAUUCUUUGGGUUUUACGGGGGGUCUUUUAACUUUGUGGAAGGAGAAGGAGAUGGAGGUGUUAAAUAGUUUCAAAGGGGAAGGCUAUCUUGGAAUCAAAUUUCGGAAGGAGAAUAAAUUGUACUACUUGGUGAACAUUUACUCUUCUUGUGAUUUGAAUAAAAAAAGAACACUUUGGAGGAAGUUGUUGGAUUUGAAAGAGUUGUUCAAUGAUGGGGAGUGGAUUAUAGGUGGCUAUUUUAAUGCUAUUAAAGAUUAUAAUGAAAGGAAUGGGAGGGCGGAGGUAACAAAUUACAACGAAAUGAAUUUUUUUGCAGAUUUCAUUGAGAAAAGUAUGUUGGUGGAUAUUCACUUGGUAUAG